AUGUCGAGGUCGUCGCACCGCGCAUAUCCCAUCUCGCCGUCCGUGGACCAUAGCUAUGCCGUCUCGCCCUCUGCGAGCACGUUCUAUACGUCUAGGUCGUCCUACCCGAAUUUCCUUCCGCUACAGGACACAAUACGCGUGCAAUUCUCGUGCGCAUGGCGGGGACUCGUCGAUGCCUUUCGCUGGGACACCGUCGUCAGGCUUGUCGCGAGCGACUCCGAGAUCCGAGGGAAUGUGCUCAAGUCCCUGCUGUUGAAUUUGCUCUCGCUCGCGUCAAUAUACCUGUUUGACCUUCUCCUCUUCCCGCUCGCUCAGGGGGAGCACUACUGGCUGCACCGUAACGUCGGCUGGGCGUAUCAGGUGCUCUGGCUCCUCCCGGUCGUGGGCAUCUCCCUCUAUCUCAAUAGGAAUUGGUGCGGCCUGAUCGCGAAGCGCACUUUCACCCUUCAGCAUGGCCCUCGCGCAGGCGCAGCGCCGCCAUCAACGUACACAGGGCUCCUGAAUUCCCUUGCAACCUCCGCGUAUGGCGGGAUCAUGGUCAUGACAUCGCUCGUGCUCUCCCUUGCGCUCGGGCGCGUGCCUGUGGUGGGUUCAUUCGCGGGGUUCACCUUCUUCUGCUGGGUCGACGCGCAUGUAUGGAUCACCAGGGGGCUCUCACUGUCGAGAAGAGUGAGGCAUCUAGAGGAGCGUUGGGCAUACUAUUGGGCAUUCGGGCUACCUUCAACGGCACUAUGCAUGUGGGGCAGUAGCCUCGCCAACGCAGCACUAUUCGCGCUUGUCUUCCCUGCGGUACUACAUCAUCAUGGCCAUGCACGCCCGUCCGUCCCUCUCGACCCCUACAACCCCGCCGUCUCCCUUCCACCCAGCGCCUCCUCCAGCACGCUCGAGGACAUUCGACACCCGCAUCCAGCCAUCCCAAUCCGCCUCCCAAUCUUUGCCCUCAUACUGUGGCUAAACGACUGGGUCGUGCGCCUGCUCAGCCUCGGCGGCGGCAGGGGAGCGAGCAAGCUGCCGGGCGUUUCCAGUAGCGUUAGCAGGGGCCAUCGCAGGAUGUUCAGCGAGGCAGUGGACAGCAUGGAGGAAGGCGACUUCGUAGAGCUGAGCCCCGUGGUAGGGCCAAGCCCGCAGAUGCACCUGCCGCCCAGUGGAUCUGCUGCUAGGAUGCGGGUCAGUGGAAGUACCAGCAUGGGUAGCGCCGGGUCGUCUCCCCGGCGGAAACGUGACUGA